AGUUGACUUCCGAUUAAGAGCCUGCGGAGUUAGGAGCUUUCAGAGGCGCUAAAGUGUUUCUCCUCUACAGGCUGAACAUUAUGAGCGGGCCAAGUCUCAGAGACUGUCAGGCGUGGAAGGACGAGGCUCUUCCACUGUCCACCAGCAGCAACGAGGCAUGCAAACUCUAUGACGCCAUACUUACACAGUAUGUGAAAUGGAGAAAUGAUGACACGCUGGGAGGAAUUGAAGGAUGCAUUUCUGCCAUCCAUGCAGCUGACCCAAACUUUGUUAUGGGUCAUGUGAUCAGUACCGGGCUGGAGCUGGUGGGCACGACGAGCAGCCCCCGGGUGGACGAGCGUCUGGCCAGUGCUGUGACGCGAACACUGGAGCUCGCCAACAGCAAGGACAUCACUCCCCGAGAGAAACUCCAUGUCAAAGCUGUGGAGCUCUUCUCCCAUGGGAAUUAUCCCAAAGCCUGUGAGGUAUGGGAAGAUAUCCUGCUGGAUCAUCCCACUGACAUGCUGGCUCUUAAAUUUGCCCAUGAUGCCUACUUCUACAUGGGGGCCCAGUUGCAGAUGAGGGACUCUGUGGCCCGAGUGCUGCCCCACUGGAAGCCUCACAUGCCUUUGUUCAGCUACCUGAAAGGACAAUACUCCUUCGGCCUCCUUGAGACUCGUUUCUAUGACCAGGCUUUGAAAGUGGCCAUGGAGGGCCUCGCCUUGACCCCUGAUGAUGCUUGGUCUGUCCACUCUGUGGCCCACGUUUAUGAGAUGACAGCAGAGGUGGAAAAAGGCCUGAAUUUCAUGGAGAGCAGAGAGAAAGACUGGCAGAGAUCUGACAUGCUGGCCAGUCACAAUUAUUGGCACUGGGCUUUGAACUUCAUUGAGAAGGAGCAAUACGAAGCUGCUCUGCAGAUUUACGACUCCCAGGUAUUCAAUCGCUGUAAAGCCUCAGGCGCCAUGCUGGAUAUUGUUGAUGCUUGUUCAAUGCUCUACAGACUGGAGAUGGAAGGUGUGUGUGUGAAGGACCGCUGGCGGGAGCUGCUCCAGAUAACCCAGCCUCACACUGACGAUCAUGUCACAUUGUUCAAUGACCUCCAUUUCCUCAUGGUGUCACUGGGAGCCAAUGAGACCAAGGCCAGUCAGCGCCUGCUGGAGGGCCUCCAGGAUUUGGCCAAGGAACCAGGCGACAAUCAGCAACAUCAGCUGGCUAAAAACAUAGGCAUACCAAUGUGUAAAGCUAUGAUGGAGUACAACCAGGGCAACUACGGCCAAGCUGUAGCGCUUUUGUACCCUCUGCGUUACCAGAUGUUGGGGAUUGGUGGCAGUGAUGCUCAGAGAGAUUUGUUCAAUCAGCUGCUCAUUCAUGCAGCCAUGAAGUCCGAGAAUAAGCAGCACCAAAAACUGGGAAGAUGUCUGUUGGUGGAGCGUGAUGCCGUGAGGCCCAACUCCCCUCUGACCCAUCGUCUGAUGCAGAAAGCUCUGGCUCUUCAUGACUAGAGUGAUUGCAUCGAGCGCAGGCGGGUCCCCCAUGAAAACAUCAAAGCAUCACUCUAAUCAGAUCUACUGUUUGGGUUUAGGAGACGUCAAACCCACAGGAAGGAGCUGGACACCGUUAACAAGAUAGUCACAAUUCUUUCAUGGAUCAUCUUUACAUUCCUUGGCUUGGAGCAUAAUUGUGUGUUACAUGUGAAAUUAUGAAGAUAAAGUGAAA